UGUGUGUGUGAUAUCAUCAUCCUCAGCAGAACCUCCCAUCAUGGCGGAGGAGGAGCGCGUGUCGCACCCGGCUUCAUCCCCGCGCGCUACUCGGCCCUUCUCAUCAUCAGCUCGACUCCGGAGCAGAACAUCCAGGACUUUAUUGCCCCUGAGCUUCACAGAGGGUUGCGGGUUUGGGAUGUGGAUCUGACGGUGUGUAAUUUGGAUGAAGAGCUCAGAAGGUUUGUGAGUCACCACUCCUCUCAGAGCAGCGCUGAUGUUAAAGGUCAGCAGAUAUUGGAGUUCAGUACGAGUGUGCUCAGCUGCAGAGUUGUGUUUGAUCCCUCAGAGGAAACACUCUACUCUCAGAUACAUGACCUGAUAACGGACACGUCUCAGAACAAGCUGUUGGUGCUGACUGGAUGCUCCCUGGAGGACAGCGGGGACCUCGUUUUACACACUGGACACUUCACUCCAAACCACUUCGUUCAGAUCCUGACAGACGACGAGAUUCAACACAAACUGAACUCUGCGACAGGAAAAGCAAACCUGACCCUGAGCUGCCCAAAGACCGGAGCAUGGAAGAACUUCAUACUCAGGAAACACAAUUUACACGAUAUAUUAGACAUUAAAGUGAAUCCUUUAAUGGUGCUGCCCAAUAUGGAUGGCCUCCAGGAGUUCACCGAUCAUCUCUGUGAGAACACUGAGCCAGUGUCACCGUUUGAUCUACUCGAACCCCCGAGUACUGUGGGGUUUCUUAAACUCUGUCGUCCAUGCUGCUACAUAUUUCCAGGCGGAAGAGGCGACUGCGCCUUUUUUGCCGUCAACGGUUUCAACGUCCUGGUCAAUGGCGGAUCGGAUUCGCGUUCUUGCUUCUGGAAGUUAGUCAGGCAUCUGGACCGUGUAGAUUCGGUUCUUCUCACCCACACUGGGACUGAUAAUCUUCCAGGGAUUAACAGUCUGUUUGCAAGAAAAGUUGCUGAGCUGGAGGAAGUCGACUCCUCCGACUCAGAGAAGAAAGAAAAGUGGAUGAAAAAUAUGAUCUCUCCAGAGCUGGGCGUUGUUUUCUUCAAUGCUCCGAAAAGGCUGAAAAGAGUUCAUGGUGAUCCAAAUGUGUUGCGAAGUAGUGAUCAAGCAGGACUUACUUUAUGUCAUUUGGAGAAACUCAAGAUCUCGGCAGAACCAUUACUUCGCAACUCAAGUGGUCCCAUAGAACCAGUGAUUCUGUUUCAGAAGAUGGGAGUUGGGUGUCUUGAGCUGUAUGUCAUUAACCCGAUUAAAGGCAGCAAAGAGUUUGAGGACUUUAUUAACCGCUGGCCUGAAAACACCACAAGUUCCAAAGGAUCUGAAGUUCCCCUAAGUUCUCUGGUGUCUAUCUGCACUUUACUGGUUUGGCAUCCUGCGAGCCCCCAUGAAAAGAUCAUACGAGUCCUUUUCCCUGGCUCAACACCACAAGCAAAGAUACUGGAAGGUCUAGAAAAACUAAAGCACCUUGAGUUCCUUAAGUGUCCUGUAGUGUGCUCCAAAGAUAUUGAACAAAAAUCGGAAAAGAACCCAAAACGAGCUGAGAGUCAAGACAGCUUGAAGUCUGGCACCAAAGAAUCCAGGAUGAGCAGUACCACAGCCAAGGAGAAACCCAUCCGUGCUUAUCCAGAGCCAAAAGACCAGGUCAAGGUCAAGACUUUGAAUGGUGAAGAAAAACCAAAGUCUGUGGAAAAUGCUGUCAGGCCUAAACUCAACAAAGCCGUUGCAAGGAAGGAGUCUUUUAAAGGUAACAAAAAAGAUGACAGGAGCAGCUUGUUGGCAGCCAAAAAACAGGAACCUGGACAGAGGAAAAUGACAGGUAAAAAGGAUUCCCCUUUAAACAAACAGAAGAACGAUGAAAAGACUGAAGACAGAAAAAACAGUUUGAUGGGGAAAGAGGCAAAGAAAAUGGCUCCAAGGUCUAUAUCUCCUCCUGCAGACCCAAAUAAAUCCAUGAAGAAUGAAACAAAAGUAAGCAAAGCGAGUGAGGACAGAGUGAAAAACAACAAAUCGACUAAGGAACAGCAAAACCAGAAGCUUUGUACUGACGUUGGGGAUCCAAAACACUCAGAGGUCUCUUCACCCGAGGAUUUGACGGCAGAGUUUCUGGAGCUGAAGCAAGAACAAUCACAUGAAUUGUGUGUUAAAACUAAAACUCCUGACAUUGUGUCAAAGAAGGAAUCAGGAAGUGAAGAUGAACCAAAAAACAACUGUGUAGAGGACCUUCAAAAUCCAGGCAUGUCCACAGAGGCUUCUGUAAUUGUCAAGACUCCGAAAAGUGAACGCAGUGUAAAUCUGGACCUCACACCCACCGAGUUUCGCUGGAUAGAUGGAGCAAUGAGGGACAAUCCACCCAAAAGUGUGCAGGACGAAGUCUGCAUUAGUGCUGAUGAGAAGACCUUGGAGUUCAGUUCUCCAAGAUCUGGUCCAAACAGCGCCGGUCACACACCAUACCACCUUUCUCCUGAGGAGACUUGGAACUCCAGAGACCGCAGCAGCUUAGCGGCCAAGAUGUGCUUGGGAUCAGACAGCCAACAAGGCGGAUCAUGUAAGACUUCAGAGUCUGGAUGUCCUAGAAGUACUCAAGAAAGCAACUCAAGUUCUUCAAAGGAGAAGCACUCCAGUUUCCUGUCUCUGAGCUCUUUCAAGGACAUUAUGCCUGAUAUCUCACCCACAAUGACUACCACCACCCACUCCAUGCCUGCCGAAGUUAGCUCACCACAGUCCACUGAGGUUGACGAGUCUUUAUCGAUGUCCUUUGAGCAGGUGCUUCCUACGGUCAGCGAAUCCACAAAUGAGGAUGAGAUGUCCUAUUCUAACGGACACUAUACAGAUCCUGACUUCAAAGUAGGAAUGUCAUUGUCUUUAAAUGUGGCACAUACCAAGAGGGUGAUGAACGAUGCCCCAGCUGGAUGUCCUUCUGGACCACAGAGUCUGAUGUUUGAUGCUCCACAUGAUGUUGACCUUUGUUUGGUUUCUCCUUGUGAAUUUAAACAUUUCAAACCACUAGAGAAAGAUCACCACACCCUUUCACCUGGACUUAUGGCUACCAGCCCUCAUGACUUCUCAGAUGACAGCGAUCAGUCACAGGAAGUGGUGAAGCCCUUGAACCAGGCAUUUUUAAGCAGCAAGCCCACUCACCCCACACAGGAAACUCCUCUUACCUCUGCUAGUGACUACUUCCCCACUGCCUCGGACUCUGACCCUCAGCCUGGUCUGGAGGAAUGCUCUUCUAUCACUGCAGAUGGUGCGUUAGAUUCUGAUGAGGAAGCGGCUGUUCAAUGUUCCUCUGAGAACUUGAACCUUAAUAAUUCACCUCUUCAGGAUCCUCUUCCUGUUCCAGUCAAAGACUAUCCUCCUCUUCCUGCCCAACCUGGUGCCUGCAUGCCCGAUCCUGGGAAACUCGGCAAAACAGGUGAAAAGAAAAAGAAGACGACUGCAGUUACUCAAAGGCUAAGUGCAUCUAGCACUUCAACACAAGCAAGCAAGACCAGAACAGGAAGUCAGAGUGGAUCAGUUUGGAGUGUGAGGUCAAAUUCUACCGUAGACGCUCCAGUAUCACGUUCUUCAAAUCUCAGUGCAAAAAGACCAACCAGUGCAGGAAUCAAGAGCAUCACCUCUGUGUAUCUGGACCUGGCGUACCUCCCGUCUGGAAACGCAGCAUCCACUAUUGAUGUAGAGUUCUUCUGCCGUUUGCGAUCAUCCUGCUACAUUAUAAGUGGCGACGACGCUCUGAAAGAAGCCACGAUGAGACCCAUUCUGGAUGCUUUAUUGGACGGAAAGUCUGUUUGGCCUGAAGAUGUGCCGGUCACGUUAAUCCCCACAUUUGAGUCGAUGAUGAUGCACGAGUGGUACCAUCAGACCCAGGAGAGGCAGCAGCAGCUGGGCAUCACGGUUCUGGGAAGCAACAGCACAGUGGCCAUGCAGGAGGAAACUUUCCCUGCCUGUAAAGUGGAGUUCUGAUACACAGUGAUGUAAUGACAGAAUGAGUGGGCGGGGCUAAACACAUUUCAUAAAAAAAAGAAAAAGAAAAAAGUAAAAAGCCGAAAAUACAUAAGCAUAUAGUGUUUUGGUAGUAUAAUACACACUAACACACACACACACACACACACACACACACACACACACACUAAAUCACCUCGUUAAGGGCGACUUAAUGGGCUGAUCAGGUUCUAACAAACACUAAUGUACACUAACACACUCAUCACAAUCUUGUCUAAUUAGAAUUUAUUCUGUGGGUUCUGUGUGGUUCAGGGUUUAGAUGACUAGUGAGUGCAGUAAGUAGGGAUGAGUUCGACGGAUUGGGAUGGAGCCUUGGUUUUAUUAUGUACGCUAGAAAGAGACAUAUUUAAGAAUUGGGUUGUAGCCAUCAAACAAACUUAAAGAAGUACACUAAGUAGGGUCAAUUCCUGAUGUACAACCAAGAAGAAAAGCCAAGAAGUAGAACACAGGAAGUAGAACCCAGGAAGUAGGAGGUUUUUGAUCAUUCAUUAUGACAUGUCGCUGUGUGUCCGUCACAUUUAUUCACACUGGACCCUCUCACUGCUGUACCGAACACGUGCAGUGUGUGUAGGAGUGUGUGCACAUGCUCUUCCCUGCAUGUGGUUACGGUUUGUUUAUAUUAAAACAGGUGUGAAAUAAAGCGCACGAGUGUAAUUCGGGCGAUAAAGCUGAAGUGUAGAAGUAGAUGUAGAGAGGAAGGAUGCGCAUGUGUGAGAAUGCAUCGAGAUAUAGAUAUAGAAAUAAAGCCAUACAGAAUAUCAUUAUUCAGAAUGAAAAAAGAAUCUUCAAGCAGGAAGUUCUCAUAUGUCCUCCAUGUCACUGAACCCGGCUUGUGUGUGACGCGUGCAGUUCACGUGCAUUACAUCCACAUGGGAAAAGGAAUUGUUCUAAACAGAUCCAAAAAUGUUUCCUUUUACCUGUCUUUACUCCUGGUGUUUUUGUUGUGGCGUUUUUGAACAUGUAUUGCUCAGUUUCGAAAGAUUUCACACUCUAACACUGUAAUAACAUCGUCAUGUCGAUUGUGUUUAUCAGUUGGAGUUAUUUACUGUAUUAACCUUAAUUACAUUAUGUUUAUGUAACUUACACUCAGGCUAGGUCUCAUUGUACACAUUAAACUUCAUGCAAAUGAGCCUGCAUCCAGCCAAUCAGACAAAAGUUUUAAAUACCACUUUAACAUAUUCACACCAUUUGUUACAACACUAUCAAACCUGUAGAGUUUUACUGUACUGUAACAUUUUAGCAUGCUAAUCAGACUGAGCACUUGCUCGUGUUAUCUAGAUAAUGCAGCGUAGAUAAUGUUUCAGAUACUUCAUAUUGUUUAUGGUACCUGCCCAUGUGAUCACACCAUCAGUAACAUUACAGAAACAUCUGAGCUGAGGUACGUAUUUGGACAUCUGGCGACUUGCUGGUCACUUAGUGUGUUAGCUAGCUCGAUCAUGUUAGCUAGGGUUCUUUUAACUUGUAGACUUUUUAACAUUAAAAUGAGAUCGCUGUAAGUAAUGAAAGAGCAGUUGUGUGUGAUUGAGCAGUGUGUUGGAGCAGGACUCAGAAAGCACUUAGAAACACUGAAAUGUUGAAAUGAAGUAAAUUGUAAAUGAGGAGCGAGUUCACGUCCUGUGAUGCAAUUCUGCUGAAACACAGGAUUUUAUUAAACAAGCAACAGCAGUGAGACCAGCGGAAUGUGUGUAAUAUAAAACUGAAAAGAGUAUAAUAUGGAUUUGUUAUUAAAAUUCAAAUAUGAAACGGU